UCUUGCAUCUCUGCUGUCUGGCAAGUGACCUCCCCUUGGUGGAAGGUAACAGGCAGCCCUUGCAGGGGCAGGGCACACAUAUAACACUUCUGCCUUUCCUGUCAAAUCAUCAUAAAACGCUGCAUUGAUUUGAGUCAGAUACAGCAGCUUGCAGAAACGUGCGCAGUGAGGCUUCAGAUUUUUUUUUUUAAAAAGGGCACUUUCAAGCUGGGAAACCAAGCCAGUGGGGAAUAAUGUUUGCUUUACAGCAUUGUCUCUGCCUGCACAACACAGACUGAAAGGCUACAGGAAGUAAUACAGAACCUUAUUACUCCAGUUCUGACAGAACAUCAAGCAGCAACAGUUCGCAGUGCUUUGUACUUGGCAAUUUCACCACAGAAUUCCAGAGGAUAAAAAGCAGCACAACUGAAAAAAUUCCUCUGACAGAUCUUUUCCUCAAAAAAAAAAUCUUUGGAUUGCAUUUCAUAUACAAAGGACUUGACUUUCUGCACUGAGAACAGAAACGGAAAAUGUUGAUUCCAUCAUUGCUUUUCUUCAGCUGCAGUCUUUCCUUGGGAACUGGGUUUCACAAGAUGGAUAACACCGGGAAAAGGCACUAUCAAAUUCAGCACGGAUCUUGCAGCUACACUUUCCUGCUGCCUGAGGUGGACAACUGUCGCUCGGUGCCAAACCACUUUGUGCCGAACACGGUGCAAAGGGAUUCUCCGGAAGGGGACAACGGCGGCUCCGUACAAAGGCUUCAGCAGCUCGAAAAUAUCAUGGAAAACAACACGCAGUGGCUGCAGAAGCUUGAAAACUAUAUCCAAGACAACAUGAAAAGUGAAAUGGUGCAGAUCCAACAGAAUGCUGUACAAAACCAGACAGCAACCAUGUUAGAAAUAGGAACAAGUCUACUCACUCAGACGGCUGAACAAACUCGCAAAUUAACACAUGUGGAAGCUCAGGUUCUGAAUCAAACAUCUCGACUUGAGCUCCAACUUUUGGAAAAUUCUCUCUCAACAAACAAAUUGGAAAAACAAAUCAUGGACCAAACUAAUGAAAUAACAAAACUGCAUGAUAAGAAUGAUUUGCUGGAACAAAAAAUCUCGGAGAUAGAAGACAAACAUGCAGCUGAACUCGAAUCAUUGAGACAAGAGAAAGCACAGCUCCAGGAUUUGGUGACGAGACAAUAUGCCGUCAUAGAGGAAUUGGAGAAGCAACUGAACACUGCAACGAUGAAUAACAGCGUCCUUCAGAGACAGCAGCAUGACUUGGAGGAGAGGGUUAACAAUCUGAUCAACUUGGUGAACCCCACCAGUCCCAGAAUUUCGAUUUUACGUCAAGAGGAUCAAAUCUAUUUUAAAGAUUGUGCUGACGUCUAUAAAUCUGGACGGACGAAGAAUGGAAUCUAUACAAUUUAUGUGCCAAACAACAGGCAACCGUUAAAGGCAUUCUGUGAAAUGAAAAUCCGUGGGGGAGGAUGGACAGUGAUACAACGGCGCCAAGACGGAAAAGCUAAUUUUCAGCGCACGUGGAAAGAAUAUAAAACAGGAUUUGGUGACCCUGCUGAGGAACAUUGGUUGGGAAACGAAGUUAUCUAUCAAAUGACCAAGCAAAAGAACUAUGCUCUUCGGAUCCAAUUGAGAGAUUGGGAAGCUAACGAGGCCUUUUCAUUAUACAACCAAUUCUACUUGGAUAGUGAAGCACAAAAAUACAAAAUACAUCUUAAAGGUUACAGUGGAACAGCAGGCAAGAUCAGCAGCUUCAGCCAAUUAGGAAAUUAUUUUAGCACAAAGGAUUCAGACAAUGACAAAUGCCUUUGCAAAUGCUCACAAAUGGCGUCAGGAGGAUGGUGGUUUGAUGCUUGUGGUCCUUCCAACCUGAACGGAUUAUACUACUCAGCAGGAGAGAAUACAAAGAAAUUCAAUGGAAUCAAAUGGUACUACUGGAAAGGUUCAGGAUACUCCCUGAAAGCUACUACAAUGAUGAUCAGACCUGCCAACUUCGAAUGAUGGAUUUAAAUGGAUGAAUCGAUUUUUGUCAGACCAAAUAAUGUACAAAGACAUUUUGUAUCAAAUGUGUAAAGGACUCAAUUACAAGCAUGUUUAAAAUGUUGAUCAAUAUGUACACUACACGUUAAUAUUUUAACUUGCUAUUUUGAAGUGAAGACAGGAAUGAAUGAACAGAUAUGGACAAAAUUGCUUGUAAAUCGCAUUUCAUCUAGUUUUGUAUUAAUUCUGUUUUAUGAGGUUGUUUCUUUAAUAAAGACUCCAAUGUGGCUGA